ACACAGGAAAAGACCCCUUAUUUCCCCCCCUUCCAUACCUUCACAAGGGUGCGAAACCCUUCUUCAAUUCUGUCUCCUCCCCAAUCAUCCGACGGAAUUUCCGAUCAAAAUGAACAACCUUAUGACGGAAUCCUUUGAAAGGGUCAUUGGACGAUAUGCUGGAGAGGGAGAUAUUGAAUCAGGGAAUGGGUUUUCGCCCGAUGCUAGAGAUAUGGGGAUGGAUGGGUUUUUCAAAAAGGUGGGAGAAAUAGAGAAACAAAUUGAGAGAAUUACCACCCAAUUGCAUAAGCUUCAGACUGCCAAUGAGGAAUCUCAGCACGUAACAAAGGCUUCAGAUAUGAAAGCAAUCAAACAAAGAAUGGAGAAGGAUGUAGAGGAAGUCAAAAAAAUUGCUCUGAAGGUCAAAACAAGCCUAGAAGAAAUUGAUAGAGAUAAUUUAAUCAACAGGCAGAAACCAGGAUGUGAAAAAGGGACAGGAGUAGAUCGGUCAAGAAUGGCAAUGACUCUUGCACUGAAAACCAAAUUAAAAGAGCGAAUGUCCCAGUUUCAGACUCUAAGGCAGAGCAUCCAAGAUGAAUACCGUGAGGUUGUUGAGAGAAGAGUGUUCACAGUGACAGGAACAAGACCUGAUGAACAAAUGAUAGAUCAACUGAUAGAGACUGGGAAGGGUGAGCAAAUCUUUGAAAAUGCUAUUCAAGGGCAUGGCCGAGGACAGAUUGUCGAUACAUUGGCAGAGAUUCAAGAGCGACGUGACACAGUCCUCGAGUUAGAGAAGAAACUUCUUGAUCUGCAGCAAGUAUGUUGUUAUGAAGAAAAUCGUUACUCUUUUACCUUAUGUUCCUGGACAUGUCAGUGUUGGUCGAUGCACAAGGAGAUAUGCUGAAUGACAUUGAAGCUCAGGUCACCAAUUCCGUUGAGCACGUCCAAAAGGCAACAGCGAACCUACAAGAAGCAAGGAAGUUGCAGAAGAACUCCCGGAAGUAUGCGUGUUUUGCCAUUCUCAUCCUUCUCGUCGUCAUAAUCAUCGCACUCUUCGCAGUUCUGAAAGCAUCCAAGUCAUCGAUGUGAGAACCGAUGCGUGCCAAUAGAUGCAUUGCUGUUGAUGGAAGCUAGAAAUGUAUUCAUUGUGUUAAAACACUCUCCCAUAGCUUCCCUGUGCUGUUCAAUCAUUUUCUUCCGCUCAAAGUUUUGCCAAAUGUUUGAUGCCCAAGAAAAUCCAAGAUAUAUCUCUUUCACCAACCAUAAGAGCAUUACUAUAAAUACCUACUUUUU